AUGGAACAGCUUAUGACAGCUGAGGGACCAAUCAAUCCAAACUUUUGUAAUAGCAGGUUUGUCUCCCUCGGGAAACUUGGAAAGCAAAAAUAUUAUCUUCUAGUGACAUUCUCGAAGAAGCUGGACUUAUCAGAUCAACACUUGGACAGUUUUUGGGUUAUGACUGUAGUGAAGAGUUUUAUCACUGCAGGUAGAUUUCUAUACUUUUUUGACUUCUUCAAGUAGAGUCACAGAAAGUCGAUAUACUGUAAAUAUACCCGUCUAUUAGAGGUGGCCUCUACAGUAAGUUUCUCAGGUAAAAUUUCAAACUUUUCCAGGCGCCACUUAAGAAAUUCUUAGAAAAGUUUGAGAAUUGCUUAGAAAGGAUUGAGAAUUCCAUUAAAAAGUUUUAGAAAAGUUUGAAAAAGUCUUGGAAACGUUUUUUUUACUUCAGAACGUUUGAAAAAGGUUUAGGUGGCGCCUAGAAAAGUUUGAAAUUUUACCUGAGUUGUGAGUGACGACUUUCUAUUAAAGGUGCUCUCGUAGUACAUUAAACUCAAUUUAUCGCUAUUGCCCCUCGGUGUUUGCAGACUCAAGCCAAAAUUUCUGAAAUUAGGCUUGAGUACGCAAACACCGAGGGGGCAAGAGCGGUAAAUGGAGUAUAUUUACUGUAGUCACUACGGGUCGUGGCACAAAAAACUCAGAACUAUUAUAUUUGUCCCAUCUCAGCAAUUGACUGCAAAGUUUUUGCACAGAGUACUUAAUUUUUUAACAAUACUUCAGCUUUUCGACAUGGCCACAGAAAUUCUAAGCUUUACUAAUGGGGCUAUUCAGGGGAUGAAAAAAUGAUUGUUUUCCGUUUUUUUUCCUAUUCAGUGAUGUCAAAAACUGAAAAAAAGGAAAGAAAUGCAUCGCUCGCAGCUUUUUUUUCCGGCGGGUCUCGCAGCGAUUUCCCGGGUGCGAUGCAUGCGGCUACUGUGAGAGACGUUUUAUGAGUGGAUUUACGAGAAGGGGGAAUUUUUUUCUAAUUUUUCAGCGAAAUUUUACCGCUAUUUUCAACCGAUUUUCAACGGAAUUUGAGUUCUUAUUGAAUUAUUUUUUUUUUGGAUAAUUUCGAGUGCUUCGUCAUAUCGUUCAAAACAUUGAGCUUUUCGGUGAAAAUCGGUUCAAAAUAGCGGGAAAAUGUGGCAAUUUCGCUGAAAAAUUAAAAAUUUUUUCGUAAAUCCACUCAUAAAACGUCUCUCACAGUAGCCGCAUGCAUCGCGUCCGGGAAAUCGCUGCGAGACCCGCCAGAAAAAAACGCUGCGAGCUAUGCAUUUCUUUCCGUUUUUUUUUCCAUUUUUUGACAUCGCUGAAUAAGGAAAAAAACGGAAAACAAUCAUUUUUUCAUCCAAUGAAUAGCCCCAUAAGAGGAUCACUCCUCAAGGAUCACUUUUUGUGUCAUUGACUUUUAGAUUUCGCCUCUUGCAAUUUUUUGAACGUAUAAACUCAUUUUUUAGAUGGCAAAGUGAUGGUUUUCGAACUUAUCGGAAAAAAUGUAAACCAGGACUUGUCUACGAUGUUCUUGGAACCCAGAACUGCAACUACGAUUAUAAUGUCAAAACGUGUGGAGUGAGGAGCGGAGGUAUCAAUAGCCAUUCUUUUUUCGUUAUCUGUUUGCUUUUCUCACCUAGAGUGUUUGACAGAAAUCUCGAACACGACUUUUGUUUUGACUGCCUCGUUUGGAAAACGCAAACACAUGGGUACUAUGUUUAGAACAAACAGUUACCGUAGGAUAAAACAGUUCAGAACAUUUUUGUGUCCAGCAUUUUAUUUAACCGAAAUUAGUUGGGUCGUCUGACGUAUUAAGACUUCGCAAUAGGAUUUUAUUUUUACCUCAAAAUUCUGGCAAUGUCGCUCAACCGCAAUCCCACGUAAAAACCCGGCCUCGGCCGCGACCUUUUCCAAUUUAUCACUGAAUUUGCGUGAAAAGCGGUAGAGAACGAUUAUCAUACUUCUGCGGCUCUAAUAACUAAUGUAUGAUUUUAUUUAUGAGCAUCUUGGUAACAGAACAUGACAGUUUCUGAGUUUAGGACCUGUUCAAUGCAACGGAACGGAUUUCUAUUGCCCACUUUCUGAGCAGUGCGUUCCCAUGGCUUUGAGAUGCGAUGGACACUACGACUGCUCAAUGGAGGAAGAUGAGCAGAAUUGUCGUAAGUUUUUUAGUUUCUCAAGAGUUGAAAUUUCAUGGAAAUUUCAGCUCUAUGUACUUCGGGAGAAUUCGCCUGUAAGGCGUCUGAGCAGUGUAUUCCAAUUGAUAGACGAUGUAAUAGCUUAAUAGAGUGUGACGACGGAACUGACGAAAGGGAUUGUGACGGUAUGCUGUAGUGUGUGUGACCUACAACUUCCAUUAUUUUCAUAAGUUCAGUUUGUGGUCAUGGUCAUUUUCAUUGUAGCAAAAGUAAUGAAUGUAUUCAUAUGGAUGAGAGAUGUGAUGGAAGAAGACAGUGUCCUCAUGGUGAAGACGAAAUGCUCUGCAAGUAAGUAUUGUAUCCGCAAAUUUAUAGCUGCAACAGUGCUAUUAGUAAUACAUAAAAUUGAUGGGUAGCCUUGUACAAUGUUGGAAAAUUCUGGAAUUCUGGAAAAAAUAAUUGGUUGUUGUCACGGUCAGAGCCGGCCAUUCGCCCAGCCGUUGAAAUCCUAUCGAAUGAAUGAUAAUUCAAAAUUAUGAUUCUGAAUGAUUGCAGGAAAUCUGAAGUGGAGAAAAAAUUCACUUGCCAAUCUAGAGAUUCUGAAAUCCCUUUUGAUCAAGUGUGUGAUGGACAACCUCAAUGCCUCGAUGGCUCUGACGAAACAUAUUGUGAAAUUCCUGGCAAUCCGAAGACUUCAUCAGCAAUGUAAGCUCCGGUAGAUAAUUUGUUAAAAUUAUUGUAUCUGCUGAGCAGAUCUUUCUCGUCUAACUUGA